CUGAAGAGUGGUGGGGGGGGGGCACUGAUGUCAACUGCAGCUCUUUCCAAGGAGGAAAACGCAGCAGCUGAUGAUGGGGACCCUUUUGUUUUCAUGCAAAUAGGGCUUUUUUGUUGCCCGAGGUUUAUAUAGGGACAAUGAGAGCAGGCAGACCCGUCCCAGUGUGAGCUGCGCUCCGCCGCCUUUCGCUGCUCUUCUGCCCAAAGUCCUCUUUUUGCCAUAAGAGUCCUGCCAUGAGCUGCCUGGAUGUGAUGUACCGUCAGACCUAUGGAGCGCACCACUACCUGCCGGCGGCUGCGUACAGGGCUGCGUGUCUCCAUCGCCACCAGCACCAGAAGAAGGUCAGUGCCUCCGGCAAGAUGCAGGAUCCCGUGGAGCCGACUGCGCAACCUGCACUGGGGAAGGAGCACAAGGCACGGCAGGAGGAGGGAAGGGGCGGCACGGAUGCGCUCGGAACACCGGCCAAGGAAGUCCCGCCUGCGGAGACGGAGUACCUGAGCUCCAGGUGUGUCCUGUUCACCUACUUCCAGGGCAACAUCGGGGAUGUGGUGGACGAGCACUUCUCCCGGGCCCUGGGCCAGAGCGGCACGCUUGCCGAGGACAGGAAGCGCAGCCGUACCCCGCCGGGGGGGAUCUGGAAAGAUGGUGCGAGUCUGUCUGCCGGAUUCCCGUCAGCCCUCUGGGGCAGCAGCUACACCCAACAGAGCAGCCCGUGUCUCCCCUCCGUCCAUCCCGACUUUCCCCCAGGCACAGCCUUCUCCUCUGGGGAGUCUGGCACCUGGGCAGGACACGCCCUCCACCAGCCCGGCCUGCCCCCUCCCACCACUCUCCCUGAAUCCUGGCACUAUGCCCUGGGGGCACAAAGCGGUCCUGGUUACCCCCACGUCCAUGAGGUCUACCCCCACAUGCAUGCCAGGCACACGCACCCGCAUGGACACACCCAUCACGUGCUGCACCACACCCAUGGCGCCACCCUGGACCCCCGCUUCAGCCCUCUGCUGCUCUCCAGCGUACACCCCACCUGCAGCCCCACGCCGCACUGCGAGGGAGCCAAGGCCGAGCUGGAGGCCGGAAACCCACCGACACACAACUGGUCAGGUUCAUUCCAUGGCUCAGUGGACAUCUUUGACUCAGCUCUGGAUCAGGACAAAGGGAAGACGUCUGUCUGGUUCUGAUAUAAAGUAGGUCCGGCGAGACGUUGGCUUCACUUUGCAGACACGUUCCUCCAUCAAGACGACCAGAUCUCCUCUCGCACGGCCUUCAAAUUUCCUGGGAAUUUUCUCAGGAAAGGAAGCUCUCUCCUUGGGGUCGGCACAACAGCGUUCUUUGGAGAAUGCCAGCGUUUUACCACAGUAAACAGGACUUUCAGAUUAAGGGCCCCCUUUUGACCACGUUUCCUUUUUUUUGAUGAAAUUUAUGGAGCCCUGUCCCGGUUGUAUUUCUAAGGAG